CACAUCACCACUCUUCUCACAACCUCACAGCCUGCGUCCCUGGCAUCUGCUGUCUUUUCUACAUAACCCCGAGUCUUCUUCAUCGACGAUCCACCCGCCAUGGCUGAUCGAUACUCGUUCUCGCUCACCACUUUCUCGCCCAGCGGAAAGCUGGUACAGAUAGAAUAUGCCUUAAACGCCGUCAACCAAGGAGUGACAUCCUUAGGAAUCAAAGCAACGAAUGGCAUCGUGCUUGCGACCGAGAAGAAGUCGUCAUCGCCGCUCAUCGACUCCCAAUCUUCCUCGAAAGUCAGCCUCAUAACACCCAACGUCGGCAUGGUGUACUCCGGCAUGGGCCCAGACUACCGCAUUCUUGUCGACAAAGCCCGCAAAGUCUCGCACACCGGAUACAAGCGCGUUUACAAUGAAUACCCGCCCACGAGAAUAUUGGUGCAGGACGUUGCCAGGGUCAUGCAGGAGGCCACCCAACAAGGUGGGGUGCGGCCGUACGGCGUCAGUCUGCUGAUCGCUGGAUGGGAUGAUGGCAUCGAGCCGGAGUCGGAGGUGAAGGAUUCUGGAGAGACGGACGCAGAGAAGAAGCGGGCGACGGGCAAGACGGGUGGCAUCCUCAAGGGUGGACCUAGCUUGUACCAAGUUGAUCCUAGCGGAAGCUACUUCCCUUGGAAGGCGACGGCUAUCGGAAAGAGCGCUACCAGCGCGAAGACGUUCUUAGAGAAGAGGUAUACCGAGGGCUUGGAGUUGGAAGAUGCGAUCCACAUCGCCCUUCUUACGCUGAAAGAGACGAUAGAAGGAGAGAUGAACGGCGAGACGGUUGAGAUUGGUAUUGUGGGCCCACCAGAGGACAAGCUCCUGGGAUACGAAGGUGUCGAGGGCGCCCAAGGGCCUAGAUUCAGGAAGCUGAGCCCCGAGGAAGUCGAGGACUAUCUCACGAAUCUGUAGAGCUCGGUGGGCUUGGGUAUAGCAUAUGGG